GAGCUGGCGCGAGCUCCGCGGCCUAAGCUGCUGCGCCGGGUAGAUGUCGAGGUGGAGGACGGAGCCCAGAAGCAGCGGGGGCGCAAUCUUCUGGGCUCCCUUGUCGCGCACCUCAGCUCUGCACAGCAGCGGCUGCAGGUGGACCAGACGCCGCGAAGGGCUGCAGCAGCGGCCAAGAAGCCGCAGCUGUCCAAG